AUGUGCUAGUGAGUGAAAGUGCUUCGCCUCGCUCAUGCAUCGCGUCUCUCUAUGGCAUGCAAUCGAUGGCAUAGAAAACGUGUUGCACAAUAAAUAUUGCAUGCAGUGGUGUAUUUCAAUUCAUGUACAUGUACAUGUACUGUGUACAUUGCAAUAUUGUAUACUGCCGUCACUCACAAUAUAGCACGCAAGCGAAGCAGGCCAGGAUGUGUGUGUGAAUAUAGGCGGUAGGUCUUCCGGUUUGCCUUUCUAAAUUAGAUCGUCACUUUGACUAAGAUUAAACGAGGCCUGGGUAUACAAGAUGCAUUUUGACGAAAUAUUGGAGCACGUCGGCACGUUUGGUCGCUACCAGAAGCUGACCUUCUUGAUCGUGUGUUUGAUGGCCGUGCCGAUGAGCUACCACCAACUCGCCCAGGUCUUUCUGGCACCGGAUACCGAUCACUGGUGCGCUGUGCCCGAACUCCUAGAGCCUAACUGCAGCGCUUUGGCCGGUGCCGGUCCGCCGGACUCGACGGCCUACUCCCGGUGCAUGGAGGCCCGCAAGAACAUAUCCAUACCGAGGAAAAAGGGAAAGUUCUUGCAGUGCUACCGGUAUGUCUUAGAUGCCAAUGAUGACGUGUCGGGUGCAGCGGGUGAUGGGUACAUCAAUGAGACGAUCAAGACGAGCUCGAAUAAGACUAUGAAAUGCGACGCAGGCUGGGAAUACGAUCGCUCCCAGUAUCAUACGACCGUCGUCCAAGACUUUAACCUAGUGUGUGAAAAGAAAGAUGUACCUGAGGUUGCGCAGUCAGUCUUCUUUGCAGGCGUCCUAGUCAGCUCUGUUAUUACUGGUCUGCUGGCUGAUUGGAUCGGUCGUAAGACAACGCUGUUUAUAUGCCUCGGAGUGCAGUUCAUCUUCAGUCUAGCGAUCGUGUUUUCACCCAGCGUCACGGCAUUCGUCGCGUUGAGGUUCUGUCUCGCCAUGGCCAACAUGGGAGUCUUCAUCAUGGCGUUUGUUAUCGGUACCGAGUUUGUAGGUCCCGGGUGGCGCACCUUCAUAGGCGUAGUAGUCGAGUGCUUCUUCGCCUUGGGCUACAUGUCCCUUGCCGUGGUCGCCUACUUCGUCCGUGAUUGGAGGAUUCUACAGCUGGUUGGAUCCGUGCCAAUCAUACUCUUCUUUCUCCUUAUACGGGUGGUGCCCGAGUCGGCCCGGUGGCUGAUCACCCAAGGCAAGCUGAAGGAAGCCGAGGCCAUUAUCAGGAAGAUAGCCAAAGUCAACAAAGCCAAGCUACCGGACCAGCUCUUCAACGUCAAUGAUCACAUACAGGAACAAGGCAGGACGUCCUUUAUCGAUCUCUUCCGGAUGCCGAACCUGCGAAAGAGAACGUUCAAUAUCAUGUUUAACUGGUUCGUGAACGCUGCGGUGUACUACGGCCUGUCUCUCAGCACCUCUAGCUUGGGAUCCAAUGACUACCUGGCCUUCUUCAUCGGCGGGUUUGUGGAGAUUCCAGCCUGCUUAUCCAUCCUUCCCUUCAUCGAUAGGUACGGCCGGAGGAUUCUGCUCUGCCUAUACCUGCUGGUCGGCGGAUUCGCUUGCCUCGGUACCAUCUUCUUCGCACCGGGGGCGGGACGAACGGUCGUAGCGAUGAUAGGAAAGUUUGGUAUCUCGGGUUCAUUCUGUCUGAUCUACAUUUACUCUGCAGAGAUGUUUCCAACACCUGUCAGGAGUAUCGGCAUGGGCUUAUCCUCCAUGAGUGCCCGUCUGGGCAGUAUCCUGGCCCCUCCCUUGUUAGUGCUCCGUGGGGUCUGGGAGCCGUUCCCGCUCGUUGUCUUCGGGCUUCUCGCCAUCACGGCGGGCCUCACCACCCUCCUGUUACCCGAGACGCUGGGCUUGAACAUGCCGGAGACGAUCAAGGAAGGAGAGGAGAUAGGAGUUGGUGUUCCGUUCAGGCUGCCACACUGGCGGGGCUGGAACCACCGAGUAGAGCGGGCACCAACGGGCCAGCCGUACCAAGAGGUACAGGUCGAUACCAACGAUAAUAAGGCAGAUGCUGAGGAAUGGGGCGGGGCCAACGAGGGAGGACCGGAGGAGGUGCAACUGACGGAGAACGCAUGUUGAGCAUCAUUUCAAAACUUAGUGUUUGAAAGAAUAAAGCAGGGUUUGGAUCGAGUCAAUUACAAGUCGACACAAGUCAAUUACAAGUCAAUCACAAGUCAAUUACAGGUCAAUCACAAGUCAACCAUA